AUGGCAGGCCCAAGAAACGUGCAUGUACUACAUGGAAAUGGAGGCCAUAAUGAUGACGUGAUGGGCCUAAAAGAAUUCUGGUUAAGUAUCCCCCCAGUAACAAGAACUUUAUUUACUUUAUCGAUUUUCAUGACGAUUGUCGCUCGGUUGCAUCUAAUCAGCCCCUGGUACGCCAUUUACGUGUGGGAUUGGACAUUCAAGAAGGUUCAGCUGUGGAGACUCCUCACUUCAUGCCUAAUACUUUCACCAAGUGCUAUGCCUGCGCUUAUGGAACUUUAUAGUAUUUAUGACAGAUCCUCGCAAUUGGAGCGGGCACAUUUUGGUCCGGGUUUAUCCAACAGACGAGGUCCAAUGGUUUCAGUUGAUUACAUCUAUUAUUUGUGCUUUUGUAUGCUAAGCAUUACUACGGCAACUACAAUCCUCUAUGGAUCCGACUACCCCCUUGUACUCACCUCUGGGUUUAUAUCGUGCAUUACAUACACGUGGUCAAUCGAUAAUGCCAACGUAAAAAUAAUGUUUUACGGGUUGAUCCCCGUUUGGGGGAAGUAUUUCCCCUUAAUUCAGUUGUUCAUCUCCUUUGUCUUUAAUGAUGGUGACUUCGUGAUCUCAUUGAUCGGUUUCGGCACAGGAUAUCUUUAUGCAUGCUUAGAUACACAUACACUGGGGCCAAUAUGGGGGAUGAUAUCUAGAAAGGCUGAUCCAACGUACGGCAUCUUGCCUAAUGGGAAAUUCCCCACUCCAUGGUGGUUCGCCAGUCUUUAUGCUCGUAUAGCGGGUGCCGACCAUGAACCGCAACGCCCCAGCAAUAGCUUUGUCAAUGUGCCACCAAGAGAAACAAGAACUUUUAGUGGAAGAGGCCAAAGAUUGGGUACGGCCCCCGCAACACCGUCCCAAUCUAGCGGCUCAGAUUCGGCCCGGACUUCUGGUACUCAAUUAAGAGGCGGAGCUUCGAACUUGAACCAAUUUCAAGGUCGCGGCCAACGUGUAGGCCAAACAGACAGUACCUCCAAUUGA